AUUAAACCUUAGUUUUGUGAACAUCAGGUAGUUAAUUUCCUUAGAGAUUGGAGUACAUUGGCUUUCUUUGCUGCAACAUUGGCAUGGCCACACCUGGGAUGGAUCUCUCUGACUACCAGGUUGGUAACGUUAAAUUUUGUUGGCAGUCUUAGAUUUUCUUUAUUCAUUCUUCAUAUGCUGAAGCGAAGGCUCUAUUACUGGGUGACGCUUAGUCUGGGGAAGGUCGACCACUCGAUUAUUGUUGAAGGCGACUAUGAAUCUAAUCAAGGCUGUAUACUCCUUAUGCGGAUUAGAGAUUAUAUUUGCAGAGAUUGAAUAUGUUACUGUUGCAGAGAUUGAAUAUGUUACUGCCUCUAUAUCUAUUUCUUUUUUAUCACGUUCUUAGGCUUGCUAAUAUCGAGUGAUGUAAUCUCAAUCCAGGUGCUUUUUGGGUAGUUGAGAGACCCUCUUAGCAUGUAUUCUGGCACCCCUCUAUUUGGACUACUUUUACAUAUUACUUAUAAAAGUCUUUGCUACCCAUAAAAAAUCUUUCUUAUAAAAAAAAAAGUCUCUAUCAUCUGCAUGAAAUCCUGGUUUCACAAAUCCACUGUUUUUGUCACUAUUUGUAAAUAUUGGAUGUGAGUUUCAUUCUGUUUUCAAACUAUAAAAAGUUUAUUCCUUUUUCCUUUUCUAACUCCUCUCUCUCUAACCAUACCCUUUCUUCUUCUAAGUUUGUUCUUUCUAAUUGUGCCUCUCUUUAAUCCUCUCUAACCAUGCCCUCCUCUCUUUAAUCCUCUCUAACCAUGCCCUUUCUCUCUAACUCCUUUUUCUCUAACCGUUGAAUAUCUGUCUCUAAUUGUAUCUUUUCUCUCUGUAACCAUGGUCUUUAUCUCUGUAUCUCCUUCUUUAUCUCCUUUUUUAUCUCUGUAUCUCCUCUCUCUUUAAUUGUGCCCUUUUGCUCUCUAAGUCUUUCUCUAUCUAAUGAUGCCCAUUCUUUCUGCGACUCCUUUGUCUCUCUCAUUCUGUCCUUUCUCUCAACUCCACUGUCUAACCAUGCCUUUCUCUUUCUAUCUCCUUUCUUUCUAACCAUGCAAUUUCUCCCUCUAAAUCCUCUUUGAUCGCGCACUUUCUCCCUCUAACCCUGCACAUUCUCUCUCUAACUGUGCCCUUCUCACUCUACCUUCAUUCACUCACUAAUUAUGCCAUUAGCUCUCUAAUUGUGUUGCUUCUUUCUCUCAACUCUUUUCUUUUCCUCAAAAUACUCUCUCUAACUGUUCCCUUUCUCUCCCUCUACGGUCCACUUAGCAUGCCAAGUGAUGAUUCCUAUUGGAUUGACAUAUCAUGGACACGCCAAUUCCAACUUGGAAUUGGUAUAUCCAGGAUAUCAGUCCUUUCCGGAUCGUCAUAUCCAGGAUACAAGUGAUGAAAAUAAGCUAAACAUAUUUUUGUGGCUCAUAUCCUACAUAUGCAAAUCGUAGGAUCCAAACGGGCUUGUAGGGAAUCUAGGGAUUGAUGAAUUUGCUCAGUGAUUUUUAUGAUCAAUUCCAAAAAACUAUCUAGAAGUAUUAGUUGUAACAUGCAUUUGCUGAUAUUCCCUUAAUAAAGACCCAAUUAGUUGGGAAAAGGCUUCGACAAUGAUGAUGAUAAUGCAUUUGCUGAUAUUCUUUAAAAUGUUCUCUGUUUAUUUUAUAAUAAUGGGUUUGAGUUUUGGUGCCUCUUGGUUUGGUUGUUUCAGCAUAAGGUCUGCAAAACAAUGUCCAAGAUUCAAAUUCCAAUUAGCUUACCCACCCGCUUAAAGGAGAAUACAAUCAUUCAAAAUUUCUCACACGAGGCAACCAAUCAUCCACUGAAGUGUUUAGUUGAAAAACCUGUUAUGCAAUCAAGUUUGAAUAUUGAGUUUGACUUUUCAUCUAAUGAUAAGCAAUGUAUGAUUUCAAAGUUAUGGGAUAUUUCCCCCCUAGCAGGCUUUAUCAUAAGAUGAAUGUUGGUUUUGUAAAGUAUUAGUAGUUUUGUUAACUUUAACCAUUAAUUUCACUAAAGUUAUUGUGUACUUCAUAGGCUAGUUUAUGAACUACAGGGGUUCAUCAUUCUUGAUGUAAUUUUUGUACUCCAACGGUCCAAUUUGAGUUGUACCAAUUGGAAUCUUUUACUGAGUGGCUUCUUUUUUUAGGUUUGUUACUUGUAGCUGAAUUUACUUUCUCAGGUUAUCUAUUACUGACAGACAUGCGCCCCAGAAAGCAGGUUUUUGAAUAUUUUGCGUCACAUAGACACCAUCAUGGGGAGAUGUUCAUGACACCAGCCGACCUGAUGCGGGCUGUUGUUCCUGUGUUUCCACCGUCAGAUUCCCAUAUCAUCCGUGAAGGGUUUUUAAGAGGGGAGAGACCCCCUGCCGAGCUUGAUUGUGAUGCUUCUCAGUUUUUCAUGCUUUUUGAUACAAAUGGGGAUGGGCUCAUCUCGUUUCCAGAGUACAUUUUCUUUGUCACCCUACUUAGCAUUCCAGAACCAAAUUUCUCUGCAACAUUCAAAAUGUUUGAUCUGGACAGUAAUGGAAAGAUAGAAAGGGAGGAGUUUAAGAAAGUGAUGCAGUUGAUGAGGUCUCAUAAUAGACAAGGGUCAGCCCACAGGGAUGGGCUACGACCAGGGUUCAUAGUUGGGGAUUCUGUUGAAAAUGGGGGUUUAGUUGAGUACUUUUUUGGAAAGGAUGGCAAAUCAUCUCUCCAGUAUGAGAAGUUUGUAAAGUUUUUGAAAGAUUUGCAUCAUGAGAUCAUACGUUUGGAAUUUGCGCAUUAUGAUUAUAAAUCAUGUGGCACCAUAUCAGCAAGGGAUUUUGCCCUGUCCAUGGUUGCUGCCGCAGACAUGGGCCUUAUAAGCAAGUUCCUUGACCGGGUUGAUGAAUUGAGUGACAACCCUCACCUUAGAGAUAUGCAGAUCACCUUUGAGGAGUUUAAGGCAUUUGCUGAGUUACGCAAGAAAUUAUACCCUUUGGCUCUUGCAAUAUUCAGCUAUGGGAAAGUGAAUGGCUUGUUGACCAAGGAUGAUUUCCAAAGAGCUGCAUCCCAUGUGUGUGAUGUUGUAGUGACAGAAAACAUGGUUGAUGUUGUCUUCCACGUCUUUGAUGCCAAUCGCGAUGGCAAUCUGAGCAUAGAUGAGUUCCUAGGGGCUGUACAGAGACGUGAGAGAGAUAUUGGUAAUCCGAUGGAGAUGGGUUGUGUUGGUGUUGUUUCAUGCUGGUUAAGUUGUACAUGCAUGUCCCCUUUCGCAUGUGCUUCUGUAAAAUGAUCAUCGUUAUGAUGAUGAAGCUUUGAAGUUAUUGGGAAGUUGCACAUAUACUGGACAUGGUGGAUCAGAGAGAGAGAGAGAGAGAGAGAUUAUUUCAACCAUUGAAGAUGGACGUGGUAUUUGCAGAGGUGGAUGAAGAAGUGGAGGGUUGUUUUUGCAGAGAAUUGGUGGAAAAGCAGGCGAGCGUAUAGCUUUCUUGAAAUUCUCCCUUGGCUUCUUGUUUUGAGUUCCUGAUACUACUUGUUUAUGUUAGGUAUUGAGGGUAUAGACUGAUGGUGUGCUUGUGGUGCAUCUUACACCUCGGGCCUCUGCUGCAUGCGUUAUGGACAAAGGGAAGGAAUAUGUGUCUUUGUACAUACGACUUCUGCUGUUUAAAUAAUAAAACAUAGCUUAAGUAUGAAACCCUGUUUGAGUUGGGUCUUCAAGCUUUUGGGCUUCUCAUCUUGUGGUAUUGCAUCUGUAAAUGCCUUAAACAUAUGCUAAAUUGACUGAUCCCUUGUGCA